CGAAGGCGCAACGUAGCGCGCGUCUCGUUAUGUUCUUCUCGCGUUCGUGGGGUUGAAACGCUUAGUUGGAUCGCGGCACUCUCCAUCGAAGGGUUGAGCGCGAAGAGUAUUGCUCCUUGUGGUCGCUCGCUCGCUUCAUGUUGUCGGUGUGGCCGCGAGAAUUAAAUUAAAUGCACGUCGCGAAGUGUUCAUAGGGAUUCCUUCUCUGUCAUAUAGAUAGAAAUAAAAUUAUAUUUUAUUAAUUAUUUAAAAAUUAUAAUUCUUUUCGAAGGGUUUUCAUGAGAUUUAAAAGAUACAUGCCCCAAAAAGUAUCAAACAUUUAUCGCAAAUCGGGAGUCGCAACAAUUAUCUUGUAUCUUUCAUAAAGUCGUGACGUAGACAAUUAAUCACGCGAAUUCACGUACAAGUGCGUUCUCGCAGAGAAUUCCGGUCGCGAUUCCGGUCAGUGAUCGAUGAAUGCCGACACCGGGCGACUUUAACAGUACACAGGUUGAACUGGACCCGAACAUGAAUCUUGUUGAGAGUUCCGAAGGGACACUUCCUCCGAGAGACUAGAGACGACAUUACGAAGGUCCGAAGGCAAAUAGACCGACAUGUUGACGAUCUAUCGCGCGAUCGAGUUGUAAACGACGCGGUUACAGCACACGUGUGUGCAUUCCCCACGAUUACGGGGACCGAUCAAGGUCGCGGUGGUGGUGGCCGCCGGUGAAAGCACGAUCGUCAGUGAACCUCGGGGGAGGAUGUGGAGGAAGGACGUGACAUUGGUCAGGUCGCUUGUCGUCGCCACGCUGAUCUCCCUGAUCGUCGACGGGGUCGCCGCCGGAAGCUGCAGCUCCGCGAAGCUUUGCUGCCAGGGCAGAGAUUCCGGCUGCGUGAUUCAGAAGGAGUCGUCGAACGCGAUUAUCGAGAGUCCGCGCGACAAGCCGUGCUACUGCGACCAUGCUUGUCUUAAGCUUGCUGAUUGCUGUGACGAUUUCAAGGAGACCUGCGGUGUGGUGGACUGCGCGGUGAGCGAAUGGAGCCCGUGGAGCCUGUGCGAUAACGGAUGCGGAAGUGGCACUCAGAGGCGUAGCCGGGUGAUCGAGAUCUCGGAGAAGAACGGCGGCAAGCACUGUCCCCGCUUGAACCAAGUCAGGACAUGCCGCAGCUUCCAGACAUGCCAUGCCGGGAUUCGUUCGCAGCCGCACGCUAAGAGUGUGACGGUUCUUGCGCUUUUUCCGGGUGACGGCAACAGCACGGACGUAAGGAUCAAGGAUAGGAUCAUCGAUAAAAGCGGCAGCUGCGUUGCUUUUACCAUUGUGCGAGCAUCGCGGAGUUGCAGCAAGAUUUCGGAUUUGCUCUCGGAAGGUUCGCGGAUCUGCGUGGAGCGUCCCGGUAACGAGAGCCUGGACAGAUACGUGGGUAUCGGCAGGUGGAAACUGUCGGCCGACAUCGCUGACGACGGCAACCAUCGACACGACCGGUCGUCGAGUACGGCUUGCCACGGCAAGUGGAUCGGCGACCCGCGGCUCCUGAUGGAUUGUCACGAUCCGCGAUGCGCGCAACCGAGCUGGGUGUCACCGUACACGUCCCAGCUGUUCCCGGCUCGGAGUCGCAGGGACGUGGACGUCAACGUCAACGACGCGGAUAAAAUCGCGAGAAGACGAAGAAAAGGCGGAAGACGGCGGAAGAGCAGAAGAAGACGGCACGCCACCGCCACCGAGCGGUGAAUUGUUCUCCGAAGUUCUGUCGCAGCUUCCCGCGAGUAUCGUCCGUGCUGGGACCUUUCCUUCUCACCCUCCCUUUCUCCUGUCUGUUUCUCUCGUGUAUUCUCUCUCCCACAGACACAUACUCUCUCUUUUCCUGCCCGUUGCGUCUAUCGUUACACUGAAUCGUGACAAAGCUGGAAAAUAGCAAAGCUACGAAUAGCCAGCGGAGUCUCCUCUCUCCAUUUUAAUCGAUCGCUCUUCAAUAUUUUUAAUCAUUUAGUUAGCUUUAAUGUCUCAAGUUCCCUCGGAGGGCUGAAGUUCCCAGAAUAAAAUCUAUUCUUUUCUUCCUUCCUCUUUUUCUUCUCCUCUUGCUCCGUUUGGAAGUAGCAAUCGUGCGGACCCAUCGUCUAGAUUAUCUUGAUAAUUAUCAUAUCGAUUUUAUCAUUAGCGCAGGCUCGCGAGCCGCCCGUUGGGAGACAGUGAAUUUUCUUAUUCCCCUGACAGGGGAAUCACGCAAAAUCGAUGCCCCAGCGAUGUUGAAUUAUGAUUUAUGCCGUGGUUGCGGAUUUAAUAAAUUGUUAGCCAACGGCGCUCUAGAGACAAGGACAGAGCGUCGAUAGAAAUGUACGUUGUGUUUAUUCGUUACAUUUCUCUGUCCUUUCUUCUCGUCGAAUUCCAACUAAUCUAAUGUAUUGUACGCGUUGUCGAAUAGACAAAAUAUAUAUAUUCAUAGAAGGAGCGACUAUAAAAAGGAUUCUAUCAUUAUUAUAACCAUAAAUAACUGUAUUUUAUUAAUAACUAUUAUAUAGUGACUAUUAUAGUAUCUUCCGUAAGAAGGUCUAUAGAACCAAGAAUACUCUUUCGCACACAGUUUGCUUUAGUCAUUGUUUUUACAACGGACGCUGUAAAAGAUCAUUUACAUGCAAGAUACAGAAUAUUGUAAAACCAAUGCCACUCGUUUAUAUUUAAAAAUCGUUAAUCAAUCGUCACAAUGUGAAAACGAGUGUUCUAUUCAAUUCUAACGUUUGUGACUUCCAGUAGUGACGCUGGUUCUGCGACAUCUUGUAAAUCUUAAAAAUAAUUUUCCAUAUUGCUGAGUAUCGACUUAAUUGUUGCCGACAUAUCGUACAACGUAAUACAAUUUUCGUGCAAUCUCAUUUUAGUUAUUAGUACCCGCGACCGUAAGUACGCGGAAUAUUAUCGUUUCUCUUCACGAGUACAUAUCGGCGUGUCGAGGGAGUAGAACCUCUCAAAGCGAAACGAACAAAAAAUGUAAAAGCACAGUCAAUAAAGGGCACUUGCACAUAUCUGGA